CUUGCGUACUCUGGCAUUCAGUAUCAAUUUUAAAUUGUCACAAAAACAAACCACAACAAACCUCCAACAAAAUGUUCAAAUUUAUCGCUGUUUGCUUCUUCGCCCUCUUGGCUGUGGCUGCCGCUAAACCCGGUGUAGUUGCUCCAUUGGCUUAUACCGCUCCUCUAGCUUACUCUGCUGCUCCUUUGGCCUAUUCCGCUCCAUUGGCCUACACCGCCCCAGCUGCCGCUGUUGUCGGUAGUGCUGCCUAUGUUGCUCCCUAUGCCUCCAGCUACAACGCCCAUACCGUUGCCCACUCUGCUGCCUUCCCUGCCGCUUAUGCUGUUGCUCCUGCUGCCGUUGCUGCUCCAGUUGCCACUCCCUUCGCUGCUCCUCUUUUGUUGAAGAAGUAAAUCAGAGAAUGUGAAUUUUGAAUAAAACCAAACUAUGAUGA